AUGCCCCGCGAAGUCAAAAAGCGAGGCCGCCGCCACCAAGAAAAGGAGCGGAAAAGCAAAGAGACCGACAGAUAUGAGCGAUCUGCGAAGCGGUUCAAAACCGAGCACAUCCCAGCGGAGGAGACCGCGGACGCAGUGGCAGUAAGCGGCGAUGCCGGUGACGACUUCAUUGGAUUCAAUAUUGAACGACCGCGUGGUGUCGAGGAACCGCAGGAGGAAACUGAAUUCUACGGCCUGCUCGAACCUCAGGAACAGGAAUAUUAUGCGAAUGUGAACAACAAAAUCGUGGCGAAUGAUUUCGAGUCGCCUGAAGACCGCAGCAAGUUCAUCGAGGCAGUGCACCGGGAAACAGAGGGAAAGGAGCUCAAGGUCGCCUCAAGCCAAUCAUGUUCUCGCUACCUAGAAAAGAUCAUUAUGCUCUCUACUCCCGAGCAAUUGCGCCGACUGUUCAGCACAUUCAUUGGCAACCUCACCUAUCUCGUGCGCCAUCGAUUUGGAAGCCAUUGCUGCGAGACAUUGUUCCUGCAAGCCGCAAAGCACGUGGAAAAGGCCACCUCGAAAACGAGCACUGACAGCAGAGAUCUACCUUCGAUGGAAACCCUCUUCCUGCAAGCCACGGAGGAACUAGAGCCAAACAUGGGCUUUCUCCUCACGGAAAGAUUCGCCUCGCAUACUGUUCGCGUCCUGUUUCUUGUACUGUCAGGCGACUCUCUGGACGACGAAUCAGUAAAGACAAUGCUUGCGAGCAGGAAGAAGGAAAAGCUGGACGCACCCGUGGAGAAGGCAUCAGUGUCCGAAAACAGACGCGUCGUCCCGAAGUCGUUCCGAACUGCGCUUGACAGACUCAUCAGCAGCGGCGUCUCGACGCUGGACACGACCUACCUGAGAGCAUUGGCUACACACCCGACCGGCAACCCUGUCCUGCAGUUAUUGGUCCAUCUCGAGCUCAACGGCCCUGCCAAGAGCAAGUCGAGUACCCAGAAUUCCGUAUUGCAGAAGCUUCUACCGGAUGAACAGCUUGAAGAUGGUUCAGAAAGCGCCAAAUUCAUUGCUGGGCUGAUCUACGAUCCCGCCGGCUCGCACCUGGUCGAGAUCCUCGUCAAAGAGUUGCCAGGGAAAACAUUCAAGAAACUCUACAAGAAUAUCCUGAAAUCACGGCUUCGAAGCAUAUGCAAGAAUGACACGGCAAGCUAUGUUGCCAUCAGACUGCUGGAGCGACUGGGCAAAGAUGACCUCGCCGAAGUGAAGGGACCACUACUGGGCGACUUGCCACUACUGAUUGCGCGACGACGGACCGGGCUAAUCCGAGUGCUCGUGGAAAGAUGCGCCGUCCGAGGUGUGGAUCUUGGGGACGUGGCAGAUGUGAUCCGCGCAGAAUACACCAAGGCCAACAGCGACUUCCUUUCAAGCCUCCUCGAUCUGCCGGACUCGGAAACAGGAGCAAAGCUCGAUGAUGUGGCUGACGAGAAAAAGCCCGCCUCAAAGCAGGCACACAAGACAGAUGUCCAUGGCUCACUCCUGGCACAGGCAAUGUUGCAGGCUCCCAAAGUGAGCCAAAUCGUCCAAGACAGCCUCCUAGCCGUGGAGAUGAGCACGCUCAUCGCAAUCUGUCAAGACCCUGCGUCUUCACGGGUCAUACAGUCGGCACUUGCGCCCAAAGACUCCAACCUGCAGUUUCGAAGGCAGUUUGUUCCUCGCUUCUACGGCCAUAUCGCGGCCCUGGCGCAGAACCUCACCGGCUCAUAUGUGGCGGAUGCGUUAUGGUCCGGUACAGAGGGCCUGCAUUUUAUGAAAGAAAGGCUAGCAGAUGACCUUGCCAACCACGAAUCCAUGAUCCGCGAAUCGCCGUUCGGGCGGAACGUAUGGAAGAACUGGGCUAUGGACAUAUACCGUCGCCGGCCUGGUGAAUGGCGCGCACUAGCCAAAGGACAAGGACACGAUCAGACACGAGACGCACCACAGCAGAGGCAGGGUCAGAAUGAAUCAGCGGGCGUGAAAAAGAAGUCGGCAAUCGAGCUUGCGCGAGAACGACAUGCGCAGAAGAAGUCUCAAAGCACGAACAAGAAGCACACUCCUGCCACCUCCGCCAACGCAGUGGUUCCAACGAGGGCGUGA